ACAGCCAAUCGCAGUGGACCUCAACACAUCCUGUUCUGUUCUCCACACUCUAAAAAAUAUUGGGUUGUUUUCAACCCCGGGCUGGGUAACUAUAGGAAAGAACACAUUUCUGGGUUAAAGUGACCCAAAUAAUGGCUUGUUUUAACCCAACUGCUGGGUUGUUUUCUAAAUUGGCUUCAUUUCAAGCUUUUUCAAUGCUUGCCAGAGGAGAACGAUUGAUUUUUUGAUAAUAUUCAACAGGAUAUCACACAUUCCUGAGUGUAUGUUAGUUUCAGUAAAAUCUCCAAGGCGUGACCCUUCACAGCAGUAAAGGACAUCCUAAGACACCAAAACAACCCUUCCGUCAUAUUUAUUCCAAAAGACCGAGGACAUUAACAAAAAAUUUCGAUAACGGGAGCUUUUCUAGGAUGCAGUCAUUUGACAGAGAAGAUGUUGAGGAGACGAGCAUCUAUGCCAAUGUAGAAACUAUAAACAAUGUUUGUAGAAGAACAGACGACUCGGACAGCACGAGAAGCCAAACGUUCCAACACACAGGAAGUGAAAAUGUGACGAUGGGAAGUUACAGAUCAGUUUCAGUGUGUUUGGCGCUGCUGUGUGUUCUUCUACUGACUGCAGUCAUAGUGCUGUGUGUCCUCAUCAAUACAAACAAUCAACAGUUUAACAUCAAGACCAAAAACCUCACAGAAGAGAGAGACCAGCUACUAACCAAAUAUACCAACCUCACAGAAGAGAGAGACCAGCUACUGUUUAAAUACAUAAACAUGACAAAAGAAAAGGAUGAAUUAUUAAUCAACAAUAACAAACAAACAGAGAAGAUAAAUGAAAUAGCUGAACUGGUUGUGUUAACAGCUGGAUGGAUUUACUAUCAGUCCAGUUUGUACUUCAUUUCAUCUGAGAAGAAGAACUGGACUGAGAGCAGAAGAUACUGUAGAGAGAGAGGAGCAGAUCUGAUCAUCAUUAACAACAAAGAGGAACAAGAUUUUAUUAAGAGCAGUUAUGGUAAUGACAAACUCUGGAUUGGUCUGACUGACAUUGAAGUUGAGGGCAGAUGGAAAUGGGUUGAUGGCAGCACGCUGACCUCUAGAUUCUGGGCAUCUAGAGAACCCAACGGUAAUGCAGGUGAUGAAGACUGUGUUCUGAUUGAGUCAACUGGGUGGGCUGAUUACCCAUGUACUGGUUAUUUUAAAUGGAUUUGUGAGAAAAAUAUUUUAAAAUGAGUUGUUAAAUAAGAUAUAAGUUCAUUCAGUAAACGGUGAACACCAGGACCUUCAAGUCAUUUUAGAAUAUAGGCUUAAAAUCAAAUAAAUAUACAGUGCACAGCAUAAAUGAGUACACCCCCUUUGAAAAUUAAGAUUUUUCUCCAUUUGUUAGUAAAUAUGAGAACAAUUUGCUCUAUUUUUACAAACCAGUUUUAUUAAACAUUUAUGUUUCUUAACAUAAGAGUGAAAGUCACUUACAAUCUUAAGGAUAUGAAAAAUAACACAUUUAAAUCAAAUGAGGUGAGUACAAAGAUUCUUAAAAAAAAAACAAUCUAAUAUUUUGUAUAGCCUCCAUUCUUUUUUAAAAAACAGCACUAAUUCUUCUAGACAUUGAAUAAAGAAGUUGACAACAUACAGUUACAUCAUUAAUUCUCCAUUCUUGAACAAUGACCUCUUUCAGAUCCUGGAUGGAAAAUGACGUUCUGCUUGUCUUUUUAGAACUCCCCAUACCUCAACCUGGGGUUGAGGUCUGAAUCACUUUUACCCCGUGCUUCUUCUAAAAUGAAUUAGUGACCAUAGAUGUGUGUUUUGGGUCACAAUCAUCAGAUUGCCCAGUGACCAGGGGCACAGAGUGAUGUUAGCAUUUUCUCUUUAACCCGUUAAGUGGCGCUGUCCCGUGAGCGGGACACCUACGUUUAUUUCAAUAUUUUCAAUGUAAAUGUUAGUCUAUCACGACAAACUAUAUAUUGUUGGAAAGGUCUAAGAAUGUAGUUUUCAUAUUUCAAAACCUUUUAGCAGUAAUAAUAACGCAGUAACUGUAAUUUAUUCAUUUGUGGCACAAGUAUGCAGCAAACCUCAAAGCAAACCAGCACAAACCUCAGUUUUUUGACAAUUUUAUGUAUUAAAAAUUAUACUAUAUUGCAUUUUUAUUUAUUACAAAUAAAUGUAAACUGCUUUAAAAAAAAUUAUAUUUUCACCUCCAGACACUUCCCUAAAAAACGUUGAAGUGUCUUCUUUAAAACCAAAAAUUACCAAAAUUAAAACCAAAAUUAGGCUUCUAGACCAAAAAAAAAAAAAAAAUGCCAGAGUUAUAUUAAUUUAAAGGUGUAUAUCACCUUUUCACCAACCCCCCACUCAAAAAAGGCUGCGCCAGUUAAAGGGUUUUAAAGUAUUUCACAGUACAUCUGUGUAAUUAAGAUGCCAUGUAUAAAAUUCAACUCUCUGACACCUGCAGCACUCAUGCAAGCCCAUAGAAGAACACUGCCACCACCAUGCUUUACUUUUGGUACCAUGCAUUUAUCAUUGUACCCUUGCAACACCAUACCGUUUGGAACACCUCAGAGCCACAAAUAUUAAUCUUAGUCUGUCUCAUUACUCCAAAGUAUAGAGAGAUAGAGACCCAAUAGUCUUUACCUUUCUCAAUAUGAGCUCUAGCAAAAGGCUUUUUUUGUGCAUUGGCUUUACCAGUGGCUUCCUCUAUGAAUGACAGCCAUGCAUGCCUCUCUUUUGCACUGUACAUUCGUCGUGUGGUGUCAUGGGAAACACCCCAGAUUGACUUUCUAAUGAUUAACUCAAACGCUCUUGACGAGGUGUUAACUUCAGUGAACGUCCUGGAGAUCGCAGAGAGCUUCCCACAAGUCCAUGCUUUUUUAAUUUUUGGAUCCCUUUCGUGACAGUAUUCAAACUUAUUAGCAAUGCUUAACUAAUUAUCUUGAAACCUUGACCACAAAUUAUUUUUAUUUCUCAUGUCUUGAGACAUUUCUUUACCAUGUGGUGCUAUUCUGUCACCAUUACAUAGAGUGGAUUUUCUCUCUUAAAUACCACUCUCAAUUGCCAGUUAUCCUGUGGCCACCUGUGUCGUGAUUAAUUAUAUUAAUAAUUUCCUAGUGAAUUCCUGUUAAUUACACUUUAUUUAAUUUUUUUGCUAACAUAUUCAUCAGGGUGUACUAAUUUUUGCAUCACCCCAUUUGAUUUAAAUUAGUUAUUUUUUGUGUCCUAAAGAUGGUCAGUGACUUUUACUGUUAUGUUUAUAAAAAUAAAUGUUUAAUAAAACUGUUUUGUAAAAAAGAAAGCAAAUUGGUCUCAUAUUUACUAACAAAUGGAGAAAAAUCUUAAAGGAACAGUAUGUAAGAAAUUUAUAUCAAUUAAUCAUAAAAUGGCCCUGAUAUGUCACUAGACAUUAAGAAAUCAUUUUUAUUUCAAAUACUUAUAUCACUGACAACAGUGGUCUGGCCAGGAUAUUGUCAUUUAAAAAGUGGAGUUGCAGCCCUCAACUGAUGAUUAUGUUGUCAUGUUGUGUAUUGGCCACCAGUUGUGUGAUUGCAGUACCAGUUUUAGCCACAAGUUUUGUGAUUGCAAUAACAGUUUUGGCCACAAUCCUACAUACUGUUCCUUUAAUGUUCAAAGGGGGUGUACUCAUUUAUGCUGUGCACUGUACAUGCCAGUGCAAUCCUAUAUCUUUCACAGCAAAACUUCAUUUUAAUCAUUUCUAUCUUGUUACUGCAAAAUUAAAGGUUAUCAGUAAAUUGAUUUGAUUGUAUUUAGUUGUGUGAUGUUAAACAUAUGAAGAAAGUUUUGAUCAUUGUUGUGCCGGCUGUAGUUUAUACAGUAUUAUACAACAGUUCUUUCUGGUUUUCGAAUCUGAUUGGCCGAGUGCCUUUUCCAGCAGUGAGAUAUACCAUGGGAAGAGCUUACGAACAACCAUUUGUAUCACUCCACCAGUGGUUUUUGUUGAAUUAGUACUGGAGGCUUGUUUCACCAAUUGAGCCAUUUUCAUAAAAAAAAUUCAUAGCACAAAUUAAGGUCCUACUUUACAUUAAGUGUACUUUUAUAAUAAAAUUGCAUUUAAUAUAUUGUAAUUAUUGUGUACUUAUGUGCUACUGUGGUUAGGUUUACGGUAGUUGGACUUGGGUUAGGAGUGUACAUAACUAAAGUAGUAUUUUAUAUUUUGAGUGAUUGUUUUCUUUUACAGUGUAGUUGUGAUUGAUUGGGUGUCUG